AUGAAUCUAGCUACAAUUAAUCGAACAGCAUCGACGUCCCUAUCACACAUUAGACGAGAGGAAGAAAUAGAACAAGAAAACAUUGCCCUUUCGAGGUUAUUGACGCGAAAUUGGAAAGCUGGCGAUGUCUAUGCACCCCAUGACUUGACGGGUGCAGAAGCCCGCAAAUGGAGGAAAAGAACCCGACCCACGACUGAUGCUUUCGACGCCCUGUCCAUCAAUCCUUUGAGUUUGUACAAGAAUUUCUCCGUCAUGUCCGAAUAUAUGACGGAGAUGGGUCGAAUUCGACAUUCCGAUUCCACUGGCCUGCGACCCGUGAAUCAACGAAAGAUCGCUAAAGCCAUCCGAAGAGCAAUCGCUUUGGGCCUCAUGCCUAGCGUCCACAAGCAUCCAGAAUUUAUCAAGGUAGCGACUGAGGGAAGGAGAGUGAAUACGGGUGGCAUUUAUGCCGCUCUCCCCAGCACCACGAGAGGGCAGCCGACCCCUCUAUCUACUGACGCCAAAGGUGAAAGAAUAGCUUACGCCUCUAAUAAAUCCAUCUUCCUCCGGUCUAUUGACCACCCCGCCAUAUCCACCCAAUAUACCCAACACACAGCUGCCACGACAGUCGCGAAGUUCGCGCCAUCUGGCUUCUACUGCGCCUCCGGUGACGCUUCAGGUAUUGUGCGGGUUUGGGACUGUUCACCCAAUGGAUCGGGAACUACGAAAGGUGAAUAUGCAAUCAUAUCAGGCCGAAUCAAUGACAUUGCGUGGGAUGGGGACAGUCAACGCAUCAUCGCUGUGGGAGACGGAAAACAACGGUUUGGGCAUUGCAUAACAGCAGAUUCAGGAAACACAGUGGGAGAAAUCAGUGGACAUUCUGCGCAGGUCAAUGCGGUCAGCAUACGACAACAACGGCCACUACGAGCUGCGACCGCAGGUGACGACAAGAACUUGGUCUUCUAUCAUGGAGCACCCUUCAAGUUCAACGGUAUUCCUGGCCGGGGGAAGCACACCAACUUCGUGUAUGGAGUUGCCUUCUCGCCAGAUGGAAACCAUCUCUUGAGCGUCGGAGGCGACAAGAAGGUCUACGUCUAUGACGGCAAGACCGGAGACGUCAAGUCUGAGAUUGUGGACAAUGUAGAAGGCCACAAGGGCAGCAUCUUUGGUGUCUCUUGGUCUCAAGAUUCCAAGCACUUUGUUACCUGCUCUGCCGAUCGUACGGUGAAAACGUGGGAUGUCGAAGCUGGAAAAGUCACGCACACCUGGUCGUUCGGUGAUGCUGUCAAUGUUUCAGACCAACAGGUUGGUGUCGUUUGGCCUGCAGGCAGGUCGGACGGAUUGCUUAUUUCUCUUUCGCUGAGCGGAGAUCUGAACUACUUGUACACCGGCUCGAGUAAGCCAACAAAGAUCCUUUCGGGCCAUCAGAAGAACAUCACGGCCAUGACUUCCUCAGGCGAGUCUGAAAGCUCGACACUCUGGACUGGGAGCUACGAGGGCCGUCUCUGUUCUUGGGACGCAGCCAGUGGUGACGCAGAGACGAUUGAGGGUGAUGGCCACACCAACAUUAUUUCAGGCCUCGCCGCGACACUUUCGGGCCAACAUCCUCGGAUUUACUCGGUCGGCUGGGAUGACUCUCUGAGAACCGUUGAUGUUGGGGCUCGGACGUUUACUGGGAAGCCAACUCAGCUGUCGUCGCAACCAAAGGCGUUGACUUGCACCUCGGAUUCUCUAGUCGUCGUUGCACAGCUCGAAAGUGUUAUUGUCUACAAGGACGGAGAAGAGGAUGGUGAACUGCCAUUGAAAUCGACCCCAACGUCUCUGGCUUCGACCGCCGGCACCGUGGCGAUUGGUUCUCAGGACUCAAGCCUUCGACUAUUUUCAGUGGUCCCAGGGAAAGCACCCAAGCAAACUGGAGUUGUUGAACGGGUAUCAGCAACCCCAUUGACCGCAAUAUCUUUCUCUCAGGAUGGUUCUAUGGUGGCGGUUGGAACUGCAGCGGGCAAGAUCUAUGUCUACAAGAUUAGGACAGGGGUGACGGGACUCGUCACGGAGACGGCUUCCCUGGAACUGGUGACCGAUCGAUGGAGCGCCCAUACAGGCAAAAUCACAUGCAUUGCAUGGAACCCAGAAGGCACAGGAGCCGUAUCUGGCAGCUUAGAUACCAACAUUUUUGCUUGGAGUUUGAAAGAACCUGGAAAGCGAGUCAAGGAGACAAAUGCGCACAAGGAAGGGGUCAAUGGCAUUGUCUGGCUAGGGGAUACUGUUUAUAGCACUGGAGCAGAUGCCACGGUGAAGAAGUGGAGGAUCAAGAUAGCUUAG